AUGACGUCCUCAGCAGGUCACCCAGAAUACGACGCGAAUCUCCUGGCGCAAACGCCAGCGGCGACGAAGGCACAACUUCAGGGUGGUUACAAUGCGGAUCUCUUGAACGAAAAGACAACACCAUCGCCCUCACCGCCGUCGCGGCGUACGACGGGCGACGUUGAGGCUGCCCGACCAACGCCAGCGGCAGCCCCACCCUCGCCUCCGAAAGCCCCCUUCUAUCGCACAAGAAAAGGCAUCAUCACCAUCGUGGUCGCCCUCAUUGUGGUAAUUGCAGCAGUGGUGGGAGGAGCAGUGGGAGGAACGAGAAACAGGAGUUCAUCAACAUUGGCCUCUGACCAGACGGGCGCUCCGGUGCCAACAGAUUCGUUCACAACGCAGGACGGCGCACCGUCAGCGACGUCGAGUCUAAACAACACCCAAAUUACCAUCUCGCAGACUCAGUCGCCGACGGCGGACAACACAUCAACUACCGUGUUCUUCCCUUUUCCAACCAGCGAGACCCAGGGCGGCGGCAUCUUCACUUCAACUUUUGUCGGAACCCCGACGUUCACUAUCGGAGACCCGAGCUCCGCCGAUGGUUCGACCACCUUUUCGACUCCUGAUGUCCCGAUUACACUACCGACGUUCAGUCCACCGACGAGUGAGGCCGUCGGGCCCGGGAGAUGA